AUGUCAAAUAAUUUGUGUGGAGGCACGCAGAUGCCGUUCCGACCUGGCCGCGUCGAUGCGAUUGAAGCAGGAAAGACGACGGGCGUCCCAGCACCAGAGACGGAUCUGGAAGAGACGUUACUUUUCUUCGAGCGCGCGGGGUUCGACAAGGUGGAUGCUAUUGGGCUCACGGCUUGCGGUCACACUAUGGGCAGCGUACACCACGGUGGCUUCCCAGAGGCUGUAGACGAGAGCUUCGUCACCCCGAAUAACACGAAUGGCGGUAGUAACUUCGACACUACACGCGGCGUCUUCGAUCCAAAUGUCCUCGGCGAAUAUCUCAACGGUACAGGGACUAAGGGAGGACCAUUGGUGAACUCUUACAACGACACGAUGAAUUCCGAUAAACGGCUUUACGAGAGCGAUAAGAAUGCGACGAUGCGCACUCUCUUCGCGCAAGGAACAGGCUUUCUUGCUACGUGUGCCGAGCUCAUGGGCCGAGCCAUCAACACCGUACCUACUGCUGUUCAGCUCUCCGAGCCAAUUACCGUCAUGCCGGUCAAGCCUGUGAAUGUCACCUACGACUUCAGCGGGGACGGAAAGUUGAUGCUCUCGGGAAAGAUCAGAAUCCUCACACCGGCAGGCAGCUCACCCCCGCAAUCACUAACUCUUCGCAUGAGCGACGACGAGACAGAACUCGAACCAGAAGUCGAGAUUGGAAGCUCAGUUUUUGGUCGCAGUGGUGGCGAAUAUGGAACUACGACUUACUUCCCGUUCUCGCUUUCUGGACCCGCCAUUCAAAAUGCCACGUCUUUCUCCGUCCAGGCACCCGAGUCACGGGAACAGGCAUUCCAAACCCAUAGCCAAGUCUUCGUCGUUCCAAGCUUAACAGUUCUGAGCGGCACAGCACUCAAUGUGACAGUUGCCGACUGCCAGAAGAGCUCGUGUGAAGAUUUGACUAUCCGCAUCUCCGCCCCGAUAACACAGCGUGGCACGCUGGCGCCGAAGAUGAGUGAGAUGGAUAUGGUACUGAGUGGAGUAAAACAGGAAAGAAGGGUAUGUACAAUGUGCGAGGGGCAGGUUGUCCUGCCCGAUGUGCCGACUGGGCUAGUUACUAUCGAAGCUUUCAUGGAAGGGAAGCUCGUUGACACCCUUUUGAUUGAUGGAGGGCAGGCCGGUUGGUAA